GUUUUAUGUUUUUCUUCUUCUCAAAAUAUAUAAGAUUGACAAAAGGUAUAAACUUUCUUCUUCCUUUAACUUCAGACGUCCACGCGAUCAUCUCUUUGGAUCUCCCUCAGCAUUGGGUGGAUAUGCAGUUCUUGGAUCCCCUCGGGUUUGUUAUCGAGAACCGGCUUCCAUUACUUAUACACUAUGCAUCCGCCUCGUUCUCAGAGAUCUUCAGUGACACUGGCAUCAGACACUUAUCUCAGAUGCUACUCUCACUAAUCUUCUUCCACACAUCCGAAUACAUUCUAGCCAUUGCCAUUCACGGACCAUCAAAUGUAACUCUUAGCUCGCUUUUGAUCAGCAAGCAUUACGCUUUAGCAAUGCUUGUGUCGCUGCUCGAAUACAUAACCGAGAUUACCUUCUUCCCGGGGCUGAAACAACACUGGUGGGUCAGCAACUUUGGACUCGUAAUGAUCAUCGUCGGAGAAAUCAUCAGGAAAACAGCGAUAAUAACAGCGGGAGAAUCGUUUACACACCUGAUAAAGAUUAGCCACGAAGAGCAUCACAGGCUUGUGACUCACGGUGUGUAUAGAGUAAUGAGGCAUCCAAGUUACUGCGGGUUUCUCAUCUGGUCGGUUGGGACACAAGUUAUGCUUUGUAAUCCCAUUUCAACGGUUAUGUUCACGGUUGUCGUGUGGCGUUUUUUUGCUCAGAGAAUACCGUACGAGGAGCAUUUUCUGAAGCAGUUUUUUGGAGUAGAGUAUGUACAGUAUGCUGAGAAUGUUGCUUCUGGUGUUCCAUUUGUGAAGUGAAGCUUGAACAUAUGAUUUUGCCA